AUUAUUGUUUAAUGAAUUUUUGGGUCCACAGACACUGUGACAACAGUCAAUUUUAUAAAAUGGCUUCAGAAGAAAAUUUGCUACAGGAAAUAAAAUUUAGAGAUAUGCUACAAGAGCUUAAACAAAUGGUGCAGGAAGAAGUGAGUUCUAUCCUUGAUGAAAAAUUGUCUGAGCUGCAGGAAAAGAUUUUAAACAUUCCUGUCAUGACUGCUAGAAUAAAUGCCAAGCCCAGCAUGGACACCGUAGACAACAAGGUCAAGAAUGAGAAGUGGAGCAUCAACAAAGAUGCCUCGGAGUCCUGGUCUCCGGGCUACUCUAGUGCCCUGCACCAGUUGGAUAAAACUCACACUCUAACAAGAGCUUUGACAAGAUCUCAUUCUAUUGCAGGUCGCAGCGGUAAACCCACAGGUCGGGUAUUUGUGUCACGUCCAUCCUUGUUGACGGAGUUGCUGCAAGUCAGCCACAUCUACAGUGUUUAUAAUAUCUUUGUUGCCAUCCUCUGCCUGCUGCUGGGACAGGAGCUGCUAGAAGAGGUUAUCAAAACAGGCAGCAUCAACUUGGAGCUGUCAAUGGUGGCUUGGUGCUUUGGUCAGUUUGACCGCGUCAUCGUGAUCUGGCUAGGCAUGUUCGUGAGCUGCUCAGUGGGCGUCUACACCGGCCUGCACUUGUGGUCCCACCUCAGGCCCAGGGGCCCUCGUGUCGUUGACGCCGUGUUCGGAACAGCCUUCCUUGUGUUCCUGUGCUCUUUGAUGUACCUGCCUGCAUCAUACCUGGUGUUCUACGACCUCCCUCUUGCAUCCUCUUUUAUUGUUCUUAGUGAACAGAUCCGAUUCUUCAUGAAGACCUGGGCGUUCGUCAGGAGCAACCUAUGGCGUGCUAUACGUCCCCAGCAGGUCGGACGUGUUGAGGUUCACAAGAAAACUGACGGCGAUGACGUCACAGCCAAGACGCGAGCGACGCCUGACCACGACGUUCGUGUCGCGGUCGCCCCCUGCCCUGACUUCUCGCAGCAUCUGUACUUCCUUUUUGUGAGCAGCAGCAUCAGCUGGGGCAAAGUAGCAGUGGACUUCACUCAGGUACUGGGUUGUAUUUUCUACACACAUUUCCUCUUCGUACGGUUCUGCAUCCCAGUCUUCCAGCAGUUCGGCACCAGCAAGCCCUUUACUGCAGCCCAGCUGAUGGUGUCGGUAUUUUCGUGCUGCUUCGCGGCGUCGCUGGUGCUGCUGUGCGCCUUCUUCGCCAUCCUGCACGCCUGGAUGAACGCCUUCGCCGAGAUGACGCGCUUCUCUGACCGCAUGUUCUACAAGGACUGGUGGAACUCUACGUCAUACGCGCGUUUCUACCGCACGUGGAAUUGCGUGGUGCACGACUGGCUCUACGAGUACGUGUACAUGGAGCUGCAUAGUGACGAGUCGCGGUGGCGGCGGUACGCGUCACUGCUGUCUGUGUUCCUGAUCUCGUCGGUGGUGCACGAGUACAUCCUGGCCUUCGCAUUCCGCUUCUUCUACCCCGUCCUGCUGCUCAUGUUCGGCGGCUUCGGAGUGGUGCUGAUGUUCAUCAAGACACGUGCGCGGCAGUUCAACGUGUUCCUGUGGCUCUCACUUAUCCUGGGCACGGGCAUCCUGAUGUGUCUCUACAGCAUCGAGUGGUACGCGCGCCGCAACUGCCCCCCUGUUUACGAAGGAUUUGUGGAUUUGCUGGUGCCUCGGAGCUGGUUCUGUGAAAGUCUUCAGGCGGCUGCUUGAAAACGACACGGCGUUCAUCUUACAAUAUCUUGGCUGAACAUCGCCGACCCGAUCAUUCCAGUUCACAUGUAGAUGAUAUCAGUAGAGAAUAACGCAAUUAUGUUUUACACUACAUCUUUUUCUAAGACAUAUAAGUGUAAGUUUUACACUAAGACUUUCUACAUCUUUACACCACACUACAUCAACUUCUAAGUCAAGAUCACCCCAUUUGACUUCCCUCGCCUAAAUAACUUCAAUCCAAACGACGAUUACUACACUUUGUGAUGUCGAACUGCAACCGUCGCUUCAUUUAAUGUUUAUGUGAAAUAUUACAGCCACUCAAAGAAUUAUCUCACAUCGAAUUUGCCCCGCAUUAUAUAUACCUAGUUAUGAGUUAUAUAGCACAUGACCACAGAGAUUAAGGAGCGCAUAUUAUAUUUACUGUUACGACAAUAGAAAAAAUAGAAUAAUUUGUUUUUCUUAAGCCCCACUUUAACAGGCUGAACCUCAACUUUCUGCCAACGUGAUGCAUAGCCAAAACAUUGCAACAGGCUUAAUUUAUCAUCAGGAUUAUUCAGAAUAAUUGAUUAUCGAGCAUAUUCUUGGCAAACGAUUGAUGCUCGAGUAAUUUCUGUAUUCAUUAUUUGCAAGAAGCGUCUGCUUUUAUUGGGUGAUUAACUAAUGUAUUUUUUCUAAUUUUAUUUUUUAUUUUUUGCUCUAACAGCUUGGUUUUCUAGUUUAAAUUGCCUAAUAAUCCUUAUCUAUAUUCACCAAGAUUGAAAUUGUAUUCCGUAACUCGUGUAUAAAUGAGAGUAUAAUAUUUUGUUGAUGUUCCUGUAUUGUUAUUGCUAGGUGAACGUGAGCUUAUCAUCCAUGUAUGAAUACCAUUAGCAUUGAGAUUUGAUUCGUCGUUGUGUGUGGAAUUCAUAGUUAAAAGGACUGGUGUCCUUUUAUUUUUGGUUACUUUUAUACAAAAUGUUAUUUAUUGUAAUUCAUAGUCAAUAGAUGUUGUGAGACGCGCGUGACGUUCAUGUUGACACUCGUGGUUUCUCCUUCUCGUUUGGUAUCAACGAGGAAGCUCGAGAUUUUGUUGCUACUUCCAGUUUAUUACUGUAUUCCUGUCCAGCAACGCUAGCCUGACUGUAUUCCUGUCCAGCAACGCCAGCCUGACUGUAUUCCUGUCCAGCAACGCCAGCCUGACUGUAUUCCUGUCCAGCAACGCCAGCCUGACUGUAUUCUUGUCCAGCAGCGCCAGCCUGACUGUAUUCUUGUCCAGCAGCGCCAGUCUGACUGUAUUCUUGUCCAGCAGCGCCAGCCUGACUGUAUUCCUGUUCAGCAGCGCCAGCCUGACUGUAUUCUUGUUCAGCAGCGCCAGCCUGACUGUAUUCCUGUUCAGCAGCACCAGCCUGACUGUAUUCCUGUUCAGCAGCGCCAGCCUGACUGUAUUCCUCGAUACCAUUACCGCUUUGACUUUUUAACACUUGCUAUUCAAUUCUGUCUGUAUUGCUCAUUUGUAACACUACCUAGUCUUCAUGCAUUCUUUAUUUACAAUGCUAGUCGGCUUUUUAUAUUUUUGCUAUUUUAGUCUGCCUUUAUUUCUCGACUGCAAUUAUAGUGUUGAUUUAUUCCUCAACUUCUAUUCAAGUCUGACUUAAUUAAUCUUCAGAAGUACCAUUCUUCUCUACUGUUCACUUAGUUGAAUGAUUGUACUUUGUUUUACCUUUAUCGAUGAUUAAUGUCGUGGCGCGAGUGACAGCAAGCCACUCCUGGGCUGUGGGUGCAAAAUCCUGCAAUUAGUGUUGUCAGGCUUAGAGAAAACAUUUGGAAUAUGUUGAUUAAUGUGUCAUAGUUUUAUGCCUUAUUUUAUGAAAUGCAUUUAUAAUUUACGAAAAUAAUUGACAAGUUUUUAAUACUCAUUAUACCUGCAUCAAGUUCAUAAUGAAUUUUCCUACAUUUCGCUGUGUCAAUUUACUAACGUGUUGUUAAACAUGGUUGGUGUAUGAACUUUGAAUAAGUUAACUUUCAGCAUUUUUAACAGUUAAUAAAUUUUUUUUGUGGCGAGUAGAACAGGCAUGCUUUUUCACCGGUUUUGCCUUUUCGCUGUUACUUUAUAAUUCAGCCGUUAAAGUUUUAAAUGAACGUAUGAAUAUUAUC